AUGUCGGCAAGGACCGCCAGCAUCAGACCCGACUUGCCCCAAAAGCGCGAGUCUGAGGCACUCGCCCGCUGGAGAAGCGAUGCGCAAAAUGUUCCCGUAACUCCCGCCUUUGGACACGAAAAACAGAGCUUGCAUGCGAAGCUUGGCUCGGAGACGACGGGGCAGGAUUAUUUCGGCCAGAACCCACCACCUCUCCAAGGCAAUGUCAUUUCUGUCACGUUUACUCUACCGCGUAUUUUGUAUAAAGCCGGGAAGCUCGAAUGGGACACCGAUAAUCGUUUCUGGCGGUCUGGCCAUCUCGACUGUCUGCUGCACCUGGCCCAGGCUCCUCUACGGCAAACCGUGAUUGCCUGGACGGGCGAGAUCAACCACCUCGACGAAAAGCUUCCUCACAGCCCUGCUGAGCCAUCAUCGACUUCGAUUGCUCCGGGUGGGCACGCCGAGGAAAAAGACGAUUCCAGUCUUGACGGCGCAGUCAUUGUCACGACCGAGGAGCAGAAGCGGCUAGAGACAGACUUGUAUCAGAGCCGCGAGAGGAUUGUGCCAGUCUGGCUCUACUUGAACACGGAGUGGAAGGAAGACGGCAUUGAGCUAAAGAAUCAGUCCAGAUGGCGAGAAUACGCCGAGCAUGACUUAUACCCGCUCUUCCACUACAAGCAACGGGAGCCCACGGGUGGCGGCGAUGAAAGACUGCGAUGGAAUGACUAUCAUCAAGCCAACGAAGCGUUUGCAGACAAGAUAUGUGCAACCUACAAGCCUGGUGAUGUUGUUCUGGUACACGACUUCUACCUGAUGCUCGUGCCCCGAAUGGUUCGUCAACGACUUCCCAGUGCCCGCAUCGCCCUUAUCCUGCAAACGCCGUUUCCGACGAGCGAGUUUGCGCGAUGUCUGCACCGUCGGCAGGAGCUCCUCGAGGGUGUACUCGGUGCGGACGUCGUCGUUUUCCAGGCCUCUCUGUAUGCGGAGCAUUUUGCCAACUCGUGCGCCAGGAUUCUCGAAACACAAGGCGGGCCAGAGCAAAUCAUUCACGACGGCAGAUGCACCCAGCUGGUGCAUAUCCCUACGGGCAUCAAUAUCCAGCACAUUUCUCAGCACGCUUUCAACCCUACCGUAGAUGACCUCUGCAAAGAAGUCCAAGAUUCAUUCUCCGGCAAGAAAAUCAUCCUCGGCCACGACCCCAUGAACAGCCUCAGCGGCCUCGACAAGAAACUCCAAGCUUACGAGCGGUUCCUACACAACCACCCCGAAUGGCAAGACAAGGUCGUCCUUGUGCAGCUGACCAGUCCCGCGCUGCUCGAGGUCGGCGGCACGGAAGAGGCCGACUUUGCCUCGCGCGUCAACCUCCUCGUCGGGGCCAUCAACGCGCGCUACGGCUCCCUCGGGCACACCCCCGUGCAACUCUCCCCGCUGCCGCCGCAGCAGGAUGCGUACCUGGCGCUGCUGCGACAGAGCGACGUGGCCCUCAUCACCAGCGUGCGCCAGGGCAUCAGCACCACGGCGCUCGAGUACGCCGUGUGCCAGCGCGACGCGCGCGGCACGCUCGUGCUCUCGGAAUUUAGCGGCACGGCCGGCGCUCUGAGUGCCGCGGUCGUUAUUAACCCGUGGGACGUCGCGGCGGUGGCCGACGAGAUUCACAAGGCGCUGACGGCGACGCGCGAGGACAAGGUGGUGAGCCACGCAGCGCUGUUUCGGCAGGUGCAGGAUAUGGCCGUCGAGCGCUGGGCGAGGAAGUUGUUUGGUGUACUGGAGAGUAUCCCGCUGCGUGACUCUCAUGGAGAUAAUCCCAGCCCCAUAAUCGAAGAGCAGUGA